AUGAGUGGUACAAACAAGACUCCUUUGGGAGGAUCAGGUAAAUUAGUGAUCCCAGGAUAUAUCCAAAGAAAGGGUCAAAUGGGUAAAAGCGAUGUGGAUGAUAAAUUGGAAAAGAUUAUCAGUGCCAUUGAUCAGAUCUAUCAAGAAAAUGCUUCAUCCUUGUCUUUCCAAGUACUCUACACAUCGGGUUAUCAAAUCGUGCUUCACAAGAACGGAGAUGCCCUCUAUGAAGGAGUGAGGUCAAAACUCUCUCAAUAUAUUCAAGGUGUACGAGAAAAGAUUAUGGAAUGUACCGAUGAAGGUUUUCUCAAGGAGCUUUUAAGACAAUGGGAAAAACACAGAACUUCCGUAAGCAUGGUACGAGACAUUCUCAUGUAUAUGGAUCGUAACUAUGUGAAACAAUACAAAAAGACACCAGUUUAUGAGCUUGGUAUUAAACUUUUUGGACAAGAAGUUUUCCACAAGAAUACGCUCGAAAGAAUUCAAAGGUUGAUUAUGGAUAUUAUUUACAAGGAUAGAUGUGGUGAAGUUGUUGCAGAUCGUUUCUUGAUGAAGAGUCUUACCCAAAUGAUGAUUGAAAUUUCAAAGAAAGACAUUUAUGAAACUCACUUUGAAAAGAAAUUUUUGGAUGAAAGUAGACAAUUCUAUACUAAGGAGGCUAACGAUUACUUUGAAUCAUCUACUGCAACAGACUAUCUUAAGAAGGUUACACAACGUUUAAAGGAGGAAAGAGACAGAGUUGACAGAUGUAUGGAUCCUGACACAAAAGCAAAGAUUGAAAACGUCUUAAAGACUGUCAUGAUUGACAAAUUCAAGCAUAGAAUUAUUGAAAAAGAAGGAUCGGGUUGUAUUGUUAUGCUUCAAACUUGGAGAGUUGAUGAUUUGCGUCUCGUUUUCGAUGUAUUAUCUCUUGUUGAUGGUGCAUUAGAUCCAUGUGUAGAUUUAGUAGAAAACUUUUGUAGAAGUGAAGGCUAUCACAUUGUUAAGGAUAAGGAAAAGGAAGAAAAUCCUGUCGAUUUUAUUGCAGAUUUGAUUGUUUUGAAGGAAAAGUAUGAGGAUCUUCUCGUUCGUGCCUUCUCGAUCAAGAAAGGUAAGAACGUCAUGAGAGAUUCCAAGUUCCAAGCAUGUGUGAAGAAGGCGUUCGAUGACGUGAUUAAUGCCAAUGAAAGAUUCCCUGAAUAUUUGUCUCUCUAUGUGGACAGCAAGUUGAAGAAGGGUAAAACUCAAAUCAAUGAAUCUGAAUUCGACGUGCUCUUUGAACAAGUCAUUGCAUUGUUCAGACACUUGCGUGAGAAGGAUAUCUUUGAAAAGUAUUACAAGACACACUUGGCAAAGAGAUUGCUCAACCAACGUUCUCAAUCAGACGACGCCGAAAAGGCAUUCAUUGCCAAAUUGAAGCAAGAAUUUGGUUAUCAAUUCACCACAAAAUUAGAAGGAAUGUUUACUGAUAUGAGAUUGAGUAGAGAAACAAACGAGUCGUUUAAGAACUAUAUCGAACGUUAUCCAAACAAGAAGCCUCCAGUAGAUUUGAGCGUUCAAGUUUUGACCACUGGUUACUGGCCAGUCACGCAAUCGAUUGCUGUUACUGUACCUGAGUUGGUGGACAAGGCAGCCAAUAUUUUCAAAGAAUUCUACACCAACGAACACACUGGUAGAAAGGUCACAUGGCAAUUCAACAUGGGAACAUGCGACGUGAAGGCCAAUGGCUAUGAUAAGAAGUAUGAACUCAACGUUUCCACUUUCCAAAUGAUCAUUCUAUUGCUAUUUAACGAAAAGGAAUCCCUUUCAUAUGGUGACAUUUUGCAACAAACCAAGAUCCCUAUGAACGAAUUGAAGAGAAAUAUUAUGGCCUUGACAGUUAAAACUGCAACCCACCAAAAAUUAUUGACCAAUAGCUCAGAUAAGACCCUUACCAAAGACUCUGUAUUCACUGUUAACAAUGAUUUUGAAAGCAAAUUGAUUAAGGUUAAAAUCUCGCCAGUUGUCGUGAAGGAAACAAAGGAGCAGCAAGAAGAAACCAAGCAAAAAGUCGAUGAAGAAAGAAAGUGGAUGUUGGAUGCUGCUAUUGUCCGUAUUAUGAAGGCAAGAAAGACGCUCGAACACAGAGAUCUUGUCAUUGAAGUGACCAAGCAAUUACAACAAAGAUUUAUGCCAUCGCCAGACAUGAUUAAGAAACGUAUUGAAAGUUUGAUUGAAAGAGAAUAUUUGGAACGUUCCACAGAAAGUCGUUCCAAGUACAACUAUGUAGCAUAA